AAAGGGGAGGCAUAAGCAAGAGAAAGGAAGAAAAGAGCUGAGAGCUAGAGAAAUUGUGAGGAAUUCUAGUCACAACCGCUCAAAAGGAAGAUCCAUCUGAUAUAAGACGUCAAAGAAGAAGUUUGGGGAUGUUUUUGGGAGGCUUCAACGGAAUCCCAAGAGUGGCAAGGAAAAGGUUCGAAAAUGGAGGGAUUCUCUAACGGAAAUUGACAGCUUAGUUGGCUGGCAUUAUCCUAAACAAUAGAGGUUUCAUUUUCAUUGGGUCGUCAAUUUACAUUGAGCAUGAACUCAAACAUUAGAACUCCAAAAUCUUCCAAUGGCACUGAGGGUCUAAAAAGCACCACGUCGACCCCAAAAUGGAAGUACCAUGUUUUCUUGAGUUUUAGGGGUGAAGAUACUCGUAAAGGCUUUACAGAUCAUUUAUAUGCUGCAUUAUGUAAAAAGGGAUUCAAAACAUUUAGGGAUGAUAACGAACGAGAAGGAGAAGUUAUCUCAACAAGUCUCCUCGAAGCAAUUAAGGGUUCCCUCUUUGCAAUUGUUGUUGUCUCCCAAAAUUAUGCUUCUUCUUCAUGGUGUUUGGAUGAGCUUCAACAGAUUAUUGACCCCGAAAAUGAACGGGGUUGUGAAGAAAUUUUCCCCAUCUUUUAUGGUAUUGAUCCAUCCGUUGUAAGGCACCAGAAAGGGAGUUUCGCUGAAGCUUUUGCCAAGCAUGAAGAGAAGUUUGGAGAAGAGCAAUGGAAGGUGCAUAGAUGGAGAGAUUCUUUAACAAUGAUUGCUAACAUAUCUGGUUGGGAUUCUAAGGAUUGGCAUGAAUCAGAACUUAUUGAAGAGGUAGUUAAAUCAUUAUGGAGCAAAUUACGUUCUAAACUGCCAUCUUACAAUGGUAUUCUUGUAGGAAUGGACCCGAGGUUGGAAGUUAUGGAUUCACUACUAGGGAUAGGGUUGGAUGAUGUUCGUUUUGUAGGGAUAUGGGGAAUGGGUGGUGUUGGUAAGACCACUUUGGCUAGUGUUGUCUAUGAGAGACUAUUAGGCCAGUUUGAAAUUUGUUGCUUUCUGGGCAAUGUGAGGGAGGUUUCUGAAAAAAGUAAUGGCUUGAUUGACUUGCAAACAAAAAUUCUGUCACAACUCAAGGUAAAGGGCAUGAUAAUUGAUAAUACUUAUGGAGGAAAGAGUACAAUCCAAAACCUUUGUUGUAAUAAAAUGGUUCUCCUUGUCCUUGAUGAUGUAAACUUGAAUAGCCAGUUAGAGAAUUUAGCUGGAAGUAAAGACUGGUUUGGUUUAGGGAGCAGAAUAAUUAUAACAACCAGAGAUUGCCAUUUGUUGAAAUCACAUGGGGUGCGUCAUAUAUAUAAAGCUGAAAUCAUGAACCAAGAUGAAUCCCUUGAUCUCUUUUAUAAGAGAGCCUUUAGAGGAGAACAACCUAAAGAGGCUUAUUUGAAGUUAUCUGAAGCAGUGGUUAACUAUGCUGGAGGCCUUCCUUUGGCACUUCAAGUCUUGGGAUCCCUUCUGUAUGGAAGAAGUGUGCCUCAAUGGGAAGAAACUUUGAAUAAAUUGAAGCAAGUUCCUGAGAAGGAUAUAUUUAGAAUACUGAAAAUAAGUUAUGAUGGAUUAGGAGAUUCUGAGAAGGCAACAUUUCUAGAUAUUUCUUGUUUCUUUAAGAUGUGGGACAAAGACCAGGUAACGCAUGUAUUGAAAAUAUGUAGUCUUUAUCCAUUAAAUGAUAUACCCCUUCUUAUUGAGAAGUCUUUGCUAUCUGAAGUUGUAGCUAAUGGCGGUGUAUGUAUAGAUAUGCAUGAUUUAAUUCAAGAAAUGGGUAGGCGAAUUGUUUUUGAAGAAUCUCCAAAUAUCGGAAAAAGAAGUAGAUUGUGGUCUCCCAAGGACAUUGAUAAAGUAUUGAAAAGAAAUAUGGGGACUGAACUGAUCCAAGGUGUAGUUUUCCCCAACAACUCUCAAUCAUAUGGAACAUAUUGUGAUCCUAAAGCCUUUUCAAAAAUGCUUAAUCUUCGAUUACUCAUCGUACAUGGGAAUUUGAACCCUUCUUGUGGCCUCAAAUGCCUUUCAAGCGAAUUAAAAUUUCUACUAUGGCAUAGAUAUCCUUUAGAGGCUCUACCGCUUGGGGUCCAGCUAGAUGAACUUGUUUAUCUUCAAAUGCAUGAUAGCAAAUUAAAGAAACUUUGGAAUGGUGUGGAAUGUUUGGAAAAGCUGGAGUUUAUGGAUUUGAGCCACUCCAAAUACUUGACUAGAACUCCAGAUUUUUUGGGUGUUCCAAAUCUGGAAAAAUUAAUUCUUGAAGCUUGUACAAGGCUAGUGAAAAUUCAUCCUUCAUUUGGACAGAACAAAAACCUUCUUGUAGUAAAUUUGAAAGGGUGCACAAGUCUUGAAUCCCUUCCACAGAAAUUGGAAAUGACUCUUCUAAGGGAAUUUAUUCUUUGUGGAUGCACUAAAAUAAAAAAACUUCCAGAGUUUGGAGAAAAUAUGGGCAAUCUUGUAGCACUUGAUCUUGAGGAGACUGCCAUAGCAAAAUUACCUGCAUCUCUUGGAUUCUUGACUGGUCUUGAAACUCUGAAUGUGAAAGGCUGUAAAAAACUUGUCUGCCUUCCGCACACUAUUAAGAAUUUGAAGCUCCUUAAAAAUCUUGAUAUUUCUGAUUGUCCAAAAUUUUCUAAACUACCUGAAAACUUGAAUGAAAAUGUGGCCUUGGAAAAGCUUGAUCUAAGCGGAACUGCCAUAACUAACGUACCUUCUUCCAUUGGUGAGUUAGAAAAACUCACAGUGCUUUCAUUUCAUGGAUGCAAAGGGAUCUCAUGGCAUUGGUUUCCUAAUGAGAGUGUUAUAUUGCCUCCAAUCUUCAAGCUGAAAUCACUGACACAACUAGAUUUAAGCUUCUGUAAUAUCGGUGAUGAAUUCAUUCCUGAAGAUCUUGGUGGCUUAUCAUCAUUGGAAAUAUUAGAUUUAAGAGGAAACAACUUUAUGAAUCUACCACGCGGCUGCAUUCUGAAUCUUUUGAAACUACAAUAUCUUUAUUUAAGAUGUUGCCCAAGGCUUCAGUCGUUGCCGCAAUCUUCACCUUCCUUAGAACUAAUGGAUGCAGGAGACUGUGCUUCAAUGGAACCAAUACUAUCAGAUGAACAGCUAUGGUAUCUGUUUGGCUCAUUGGUGGAUGAGUGUGUCCAAUAUGCUCAAGCAGCAGUCUGGUCUUAUUCAUAUUUCGAGGGAAAGGUAUCAGACUCAGCAGCAUUGUUAAUUAAAGAUUUUGCGGCAACUAUUCCAGGAAGAGAAAUACCAUCAUGGUUCGAGAACGAAAAUUACUUAUCUGUGAGAAAGGGUGGGGAAAGUUCAAUAAUAAUAGAUGUCCCUCAAUCUAACAGUGCCAGUGAUUGGCUAGGAUUUGCAUUAUGCCUGGUUCUAGAUGACAAGUUCUAUUCCCUUAAGAAAAAUGGAAGUCAAUUCCGUACACCUUGCUGGUAUUAUGAUUGUGUUAAAGCUUCCGAAGAUAAUAAGUUUGAAUACCUUGUUGGUUGGCAAAGUAAAAUUGGGUCAGAAAUAUAUUAUCCUCAUCUUGGGAUCCUGUUUUUGCAAAUUACUAAAAAAAACGGUUUGGAAUUAUCCAUGGAUUACAACCAGCUUCACUUGAAAUUUUAUGGUAAUUUUCUAGAGUCACAAACAUCAUAUGAAAGAUUUCCUCUCAAGUGUCAGUGGCGUCUUAUAAGCAAAGAAGAUUUUGAGGAGUGGAGAAAAAUUAGGGGUCAAAGUCACCUUACGUGGGAAGGCUAUGAAGAAAGAGAAUCAAGUUCAUGCUUGGAAGAGGAAGGCCAUCUAGAUGAAUCAUGGAUGAGCUUCAAUACAGAAGCAAGCAUCACACAAGAAGGGGAACAAAUGAGAAUUUCCAGUUUGAACAUGAAAAGGAAAGGAGAAGCCAUGCCCGAGCUGUCAUCCUCCUUUGAUACACCAAAUAAGAAAUGGAGAACAUCAAACAUUCAUAUUAGAGAUAUCUCGUCAUCUAAUUGCAUAAAUGAUGACAAUGUUGCAAAAAUGGUGAUUGGAUUGAAAUCUAUUGGUGAAAGUAGUUCUUCGAACUCUAAAAAGUUGAAGAGAUGAAGAAAGUUGUGUACAAAAGUCUUCAAGGUGUUGGCAAUACUCUCUUUCAUACUUAAUUUGGCUCCACUUAUUCCAAACUUUUGAUAGUGUGAAAUUGGGUUGACAGAGAAUCCACUACCAACCUAAACAUUUGAGAAUGUACCUACUCAGGCAUGGCGUUUAUGAGAACUGGGGAUUCUUUUGGGCGUAUUGGCUGAAAUUCUCGUAAUGUAAUAAUGAAUUUUGAUCAGUUGUGAUUUCAUCCAAAGGGCAAUCAGACCAACACCCUAGUACGUGAGCAUAGAAAAUUCCAAAGCUCCACAGUUUCACUUUUCUCAAAGCAAAUUGGACGCAUAGGAUCUUUGAUGUACUUCUGGUGUAAAGCUUCUUUAGUUGCUAAUAAGUAGCCAUGAAGAAUAUUCUUAAAAAUUUUAUUAAAACAAAUCUCAUUUACUAA